AUGCGUCCAAUCUGCCUCCUCCUCUCCCUCUUUCUCUUUGCUUUCCUCCUCGCCGUUGGCAAUGUUUCUGUCGAAGGUCUAGAAACUAGUGCACCCUGGCCCGUUGAUAUCAACGACGCCGAGGUGAAAGAGAUUGCGGAGUUUGCUGUCUCCGAGUUCAAUAAGCAAUCCCGAAAAAUGUUGGUGUUCCAGAAAGUGGUCAGUGGCCUUGGUCAGGACGUAGCAGGAGUGACUUAUGAUCUUGUCAUUGCGGUCAGGGAUGAGUCCUUGCCUAGUAGCCCAAUUGUGAAUUAUGCGUCUUAUGUCUGGGAAAGAUCUUGGGAGAAUUUCAGGAAACUGGAAUCCUUCCAUCAAGUUAAUUAA